AUGGCAAUUAGUCCUCCCGAGGUAUCUUCUAUCCCGCGAUCAUCUGCUCAUGAUUCAACUACUCCAUUCACGUUGGAUACCCCUGUUUUCAUAAGUAAUGAUACAACAACAGCUGGAGUUCAAGUAUUUGCUCUUGAAGAACAAGAAGAAGAAGAAGAACCAACUGGUCAAAUAGGAGGAGACACGCGGGAAGUGACUGAAGCUGAAGAUGAAUUCCAGAUCCCUAAAAGAAAUAAAACAUCUGAGGCUUGGGAUGAUUUUGACGAAGUUGAGGAAAAUGGAUUGAAUUAUGCCAUUUGCAAGCAUUGCAAGAAAAAGCUGUCAAGAGGCAAGUCAAAGCAAACAAGUAGCAUGUGGAGACAUCGGAAUAGAUGUUCAGCCCGAAAAGCAAGCAUUAGAAAGGCUGAGCAGCAAACAAAAUUAAAUUUCCAGCUAGCUGAUGAUUCUUUUCCGACUUUGCCACCCUUGAGCGCAAAGUUUGACAUGGAGAAAGUUAGAGAGGCAGCUGCACAUUGGGUGCUAAUGCAUGAGCAUCCAUUCACCAUAUUAGAAGAAGAAGGCUUCAAUCUUAUGAUGAAACGAGCGGUGCCAGAGUGGAAGAAAAUCUCUCGAGCAACAGCAAAAAAUGAUUGUAUGCAAGUAUAUGAGCUUGAAAAAAAUAAGUUGAGGAACAAGUUGAAAAAUGUGGAAAGAGUGAGCAUCACAACCGAUCUUUGGAAGUCGAAAAAUCAAAAGAUCGAGUACAUGGUCAUCACCGGGCAUUCGAUUGAUUCUGAUUGGAAACUACAAAACAUAUCAGUUGAUAAUGCCUCGAACAAUGAUGUAGCUAUUAGAAUAUUAAGAGAUGACAUCUCCAGGUCCAAAAAGCUUCUUUGUGAUGGAAAAUUGUUCCAUGUUCGAUGCUGUGCACACAUCUUGAACCUUGUAGUUCAAGAUGGCAUUUCUGAGAUUGUGGACAUCACCAAAGCCAUUAGGGAUUCCGUGGAAUUUGUGAAUCGAUCAGAGGGGCGUGCAUUGAUGUUUGCUGAAAUUGCGCAACAACUCCAUAUACCAGGAAAAAAGUUGCUUUACGAUUGUAAGACAAGAUGGAAUGCCACAUUUGAGAUGCUGAAUUGUGCCAUCAAAUUUAAGGAUGUUUUUCCCCGUUUUCAAGAUAGAGAGCAAAGUUACGAUUUUUGCCCAUCUGCUGAGGAUUGGAAAAAAGCUGAAAAGGUUUGUUCGGUCUUGGAAAAAUUUUGGGAGUGCACACAUAUAAUUUCUGGUUCAGAUUAUCCUACGAGCAAUCUUUUCCUUCAAGAGUUGGUGAAGAUAAAAAAAGUGUUGGAUGCUCGAGUCAAUGAUGAAGACCCCUUCAUUCGGGCCAUGGUUCGAAGGAUGAAAACUAAGUUUGACAAGUAUUGGGGUGAAUGUAAUUUGAUAUUGGCCGUGGCUGCCAUUUUAGAUCCAAGACAGAAAAUGAGGGUUGUGGACUUCACCUACCCUCAAAUGUAUCUACCUUCAGAGGCUUCUCAAAACAUUUCCACCAUUCGCCGAGUGCUAUUUGAGUUAUAUGAUGAGUAUGUUGCUCUAGCGGCGAAUCCAACAGGAGGGCCAAUGGCUUCUAGCUCUUCCCAAAGGCAAGGAACAAAUGCGACCAAGAAGACUAGAUGGGGUGAUUUUGAUCAAUAUUGUGAUGAAGUCGAGACUAGCGAACCUCAUAAGUCAGAAUUGAUUGAUUAUUUAGACAAGCCUCGCCAAAAGAUUGGAGAAGAUCUCGAUGAAUUUGAUUGUUUGGGUUGCAUCGGAGGCCACUUUUAG